GAAAAUAAAAUAAAAUAAAAUAAAAAAAAAACAAUAAUAAAAAAAAUAUGGCAUCAAGUUUUCCUAAACUCCCAGGAUAUAUUCCUACAUAUCCAAUAGAUGAAAAAACAUUCAAAAGAAAAAGUGCAGCUAAAUAAGAAUAUAAUCGCGAAAUUUUACCUAAAACAUCCCUCCAUAAAACUAUCCUUUACCCCGCUAAAAGCCUUAAAAUUAUCCUGAUUAAAAAGGAAUGUUCCAUCCAGACUAUAUGUCAACUACACAUGACUCAUACAGACCAAAAAACGUGCCUGCCGACAUUGUGGAAUUAUACUAACCUUCAUUCGUAAAAAUGGAUAGACAUACUUUGCAAUUCAAAGCUUAUUUUAAAGAAAUAUGUGUAGAAACAAACUUGGAAAAUUACAGAAUUAGAAAAGUGAUUGUAUAUUAUUAUUUAGAAGAUGAUUCUAUAUAAGUAAAUGAGCCUAAAUUAAUGAAUUCUGGAAUUCCUCAAGGUGCAUUUUUGAAAAGACAAAAAAUUCUAAGGGUAGACGGAAGUGGAACUCAUAUUAAUUUAUAUGAUUUGAGAAUUGGAAAUGAUUUAGAAUUAUUCGGAAAAAUGUUUCAUUUUUAUGACUGUGAUGUAUACACUAGAGAGUUCUAUGAAAAUUUAGGAAUUCCUUAAGGAUAAUCUGAAUAGGCUGAUUCUGAUAAUUGGGAAAAAAAAACACUUGCUAAAUACAUUCCAAUUAAAGAUUAAAUGAUGAAAGAUUUUAUGGAACAUAAAUUAGGUGGUGGAAAAGUGCCUUCAGCUAAAUAAUUUUUAGAAAAUGAUAGAAAAUGGAAGAGACCCUUUCCCAUUAAUGCUCAGAAGAUAAAAUUGCCUAAAAAAUUUGCUUUGAAUUAACCAGGAUAAACUUAUGCUGAAGAAUUUACUAAACCUUAAGAUAUUACUUUUGGUUAAUUUGUUGAUGUUUUUGGUAGAAAAUUCUAAGUUAAUGGAUGUGAUCCUUAUACAUAGAAUUACUAUAAAGAAAAAUUAAAUAUAGAUUUUCCUUUAGGACAUGGUUAUGAAUAACAUUACAAAGAAUUAGCCUAAAGAGAAAUACCUCCUUAUAAUGGAUUUGGGGACGAAGAAGAUUCAUUAGGUUAUGUUUAUAGAUUAAUUCCUAAACCACCCAAAAAAGACUUUUUUAAAUGGGUUGAUAAUUAGAUAAACCUCAGAUUUGUUGCUAAAUUUAAUACUAAUAAACCUGAAGAUAUUGAUAGACGAUUUAUUAUUACUUAUUAUUUAAAUGAUGAAUCUUUAUAAAUUUAUGAACCUUGUGUAAGAAACUCAGGUAUACCUGAUGGCAAGUUUUUGGAAAGAAAGAAAUAUAAAAAUGUUUAAAAUAAUUCUGAGUUCUUUUUACCAACAGAUUUAAUUGUAGGAAAAGAUAUAAUUAUAAACGGAUAUUCAUUCCAUUUAUUAGAAUGUGAUGAGUUUACAACUAAAUGGUAUCUUAAUCAUGUUAAGGAGUGA